CGUCGAUACAAAUGCACUGUCUGUGUCAAGCGAUUUACCCGGCCUAGCUCACUGGCAACCCACAUGCAUAGUCAUACUGGAGAGAAACCUUACAAGUGCCAGAUUGAAGGCUGUGGUCGACGCUUCUCGGUGGUCAGCAAUCUGCGCCGUCAUGCUAAAAUCCACAACAACACA